GCUCUCCUCCGCGCCAGCCCCUAUUUAUUCUUGAGGAAGCAAGCUAUCCGGAUAGCCAUCCCCAGUCAAAGCCACAGCAUAAUUCAUACAGUGGUGAGGGGGAAAAGCGUUUAUGGGUCUAUUGCAACCUAGGAGGACGGUAUAGCUCGGUUGGUAGAGUGGCCGUGCCAGCAACUUGAGGGUUCCAGGUUCGAUUCCCGCUUCCGCCAUCCUAGUCACUGCAGUUGUGUCCUUGGCACCGAUGAGAUUGAAGUGAUACAUUUAUCUGUGCCAACAUGUCAACACCGAUGAGAUUGAAGUGAAACAUUUAUCUGUGCCAAGAUGUCAAAGAGGCCGUCCUAUGCUCCUCCCCCUCCCCCUGUCCCUACAACACAAAUGCCCAACAAUUCAGGGUUUGUGGGGUACAAUCCCUACAGCCAUCUGGCCUACAACAACUACAGACUGGGAGGGAGCCAAAGCAGCAACAGUCGGGUAACGAAUUCCCCCGGAAUAAAUAUUCCAAAACCACCCAAGCCACCCGAUAAGCCAUUGAUGCCAUACAUGAGAUACAGUCGAAAGGUUUGGGAUCAAGUAAAAGCCUCCAAUCCUGAUCUGAAGCUAUGGGAAAUUGGGAAGAUAAUCGGUGGCAUGUGGAGGGACCUCACUGAUGAGGAGAAACAGGAUUAUUUGAAUGACUACGAAGCAGAGAAGAUCGAAUAUAACGAAAGCAUGAAGGCUUAUCACAACUCGCCAGCAUACCUGGCUUACAUCAAUGCAAAAAGCCGGGCUGAGGCGGCACUGGAAGAGGAGAGCCGCCAGAGGCAGUCCAGACUUGACAAAGGGGAGCCUUACAUGAGUAUUCAGCCAGCUGAGGAUCCAGAUGAUUAUGAUGAUGGAUUUUCAGUAAAGCACUCGGCAGCUGCCCGUUUCCAGCGCAACCACCGUCUGAUAAGUGAGAUUCUCAGUGAGAGUGUAGUCCCUGAUGUGCGGUCUGUUGUGACCACUGCUCGUAUGCAGGUCCUCAAACGCCAGGUUCAGUCUUUGAUGGUUCACCAGAGAAAGUUGGAAGCUGAGUUGCUUCAGAUUGAAGACCGCCACCAGGAUAAGAAAAGAAAAUUCAUUGAAGCCACAGAGUCGUUCACAAAUGAGCUCAAAAGACUUUGCUGUAUGAAAGUGGAAGUGGACAUGGAGAAGAUAUCUGCAGAUAUGUCUGCAGCAGAAGAGGCAGCCCGCAAACGAAUGGCUGAACGAGAGAAAGAUACAGGAGGAGUUAAAGAGGCGCCCAGCUGUGUCUUAACAGAAGAAGAAAAACAUGCAACUCAUGGCAAAUCCCAACAGAAUACACUGAGUGAAAGUACUACCAAGGAAGGCGAGGAUAUUGAGGCUGCCAUCAAAGAUCCACGAGGGAAGCAGAAGGCCUCAGAGAAACUUGAGGCUCCGCCUGGCAGUGAAGAAGGAGCAUCCGAGGACAAGGAGAGUGUCCUGGAGGGAGCCAUAGAAGAGGGAACCAGUGACAGCAACACAGGCUCUGAGACCACGUCUGCUCAGACAGAAGAUGCUCUGACAAGUGAACCAUCAGAAAGUAGCAGCAGGGCAAGAGCGGCCCACUAAGUCAGCCGCUGUUUGUUUUAUCAGAACUAAUUCAUCCUUCACCUUCAAUCAUCUCUUUUUGACAGAACAAGCCUGAAGAUGAAAUGGCAUAUACCGUAUUUUUCAGAGUAUAAGUCGCACCUGCCGAAAAUGCAUAAUAAAAACGGAAAAAAACAUAUAUAAGUCGCACUGGAGCCCGGUUAAACUAUGAAAAAAACAGCGACUUAUAGAAAAAUACGGUACAUUGAAAUGUUUGACUCUCAUCUCAAAACUGUCUGAUGACAGUGGCACUUGUUUAUUAUCCUAUUGCUAAAAAGUGCCCGCUGAAGUCGACCAUGAUAUACAUGAUCAUCCGCUUUUGACGACAGCAUUUGAGACUCAAAGGGAUCAUUUAUACGAUAAAUAGGUCAGUUAGUGAUAGUGUUUUUACAAAAGCUGACUUUUGGUUACGUCAGUGAAAACAAAAGAAGUGGGCGAGGCAAUGGAAAAAAAAAAAAGCAUCCUUUCUUCCUGCAGCCCACAAAAUGCACAAGUUUAAAUUUGCACAAAUGAAGGAAAAACAUUUUAAAAAUGUUAUAUCACCCGUUGUUUUGGUUCUGGACAAAAACAUGUAGAAGCCACGGCGGUGGCUGGAUUAUUUUGACAACCGCUUAUGUCGCCGUAAGCCUUUGCUGUUGCAAUUUAUGUCGGGUGAUGAAUGGAAACAAACGCAGUGUUUUAUGUUACAGUGUUAUUGUUUGCUAAUUGUUUUUGCAUGUUGGACAAAACGUUGAAUAAUUUUCCGUGGUUGUCAGGAAGUGUGUGAGAUAUUUUGUUUACUACCAGUAUUCGCAUCAGUGAUUUUCUUUUUGUCUCAGGAGUUUUUAGUACAAUACUGCUAUUUAUUAUCAAUGUUUUAUUGUUCUUUUGUAUUAGUUAUUGCUGCCAAGCUUAGGUAUUAGAUGUGUCACAUGACCAUUGUUGCUGUACAAAGCUCAACAACAAACAGUGUUGUCAAAUUUUGCUUGCUGUCUAUCAAAUCCAGAGCAGUAUGUGUUGUGUUUAUAUACAAUACAGUGAUUGUGCUGACACUGCAAUGCUGGAAUAAGAAUAUUUGGGAUCAUAUACAUACAGCAGCUGGAAGAACAGUCCAGAACAUGAAUAUUCUAGUGCAUAUUUUUUAUUAAUAAACUUUUGUAUCUCGUAGAA